AUGUCGUGUGCACGGCCCUCGCCCGGGGCAGGGCAAGGCAUCACCUGCGCAGGGUCUCCCUCUUCCGCCCUCAGAAACGUAACAAAAUCGCUACCAAGCGGAGCGGGCAUUGGCCCGCUGCCUGCUGCAGGCAAACGGCGUGGGCGCUGCCGCCGGCGAAGAAGCCAUGGCGGACGAAAGCGCUGCAGCAAGAUGCGCGCUGUGAGUAAGCCCGCGGCGUUGAUGAACAGGAAGAGGCCCCAACACUGCUACCAGCGGAACUCCUCGCGUGAACGUUGUGGGGGUGGAGGUGGUUCGGUCGAUGCCAACCCCGGCGUGCCUGUUACUUGGAGAAUGCCGCUGGCCAGUUUACAGUGUGGUCAGUAA